AUGUCCCAGAUAAAGAAAGAGUCGAACGGGCUGGAUGAAAGAGGUGUCUCCUUCUUCCAGAUCGAGGCUGCACCCAUCUACGCAGUUGACCAGCUCGAGCAGAAGAAGGUGGUCUGCAAACUCGACCGCGUCCUCUUACCGUUGAUGGCAUUUAUAAUUUCUUCCAAUAGUAUCAACUAUGCCGCAGUCUUUGGCUUCAGAACAGACUUGAAAUUAACAGGAUCUGAGUUCUCGUGGGCUGUGUCUCUGUUCUAUUUCGGUCGGCUGUGUGCGCAGUAUACUGCUGCAUACCUAUUGAGUCGCAUGCGCAUCACUCAUUUCGUCGGAAUUGCAAUCGUUCUCUGGGGUGGGGUUGAGAUGUGUCUGGGAACCGUACACUCGUUCAAGGGUCUAGCCGCGGUAAGGUUUCUUCUCGGCUUCUUCGAAGGAGCCGUGUCACCGGCUUUUGUCAUCAUCACCAGUAACUGGUAUUGCCGACGAGAACAUCCUGUAAGAGUGGCAUACGUCGGGUUUAUUCUCCUCCACCCCGAGUUCUUCCUUCUGCUGACAACAGAACGAGUUGCGCUGGACCGAACCACUCGCGAUCAUACAAAUUUCGACUGCCUCCAGGCUAGAGAGGCUUUUACGGACUAUCGCACCUUAUUGUACGGAUUGAUAGCUCUCACCAUCAUAAUGCCUACCGCCAUUGUCAAGUUCUCACCCAUAGUCAUUCAAGGGUUUGGCUUCAGCAAAUUCCAGACUAUGUUGGUCGGCCUCCUAGGUGGCGCUUUGGCCUUCAUCCUAGUCUGGGUUGGUCCGCUCGUCCCCUUAUAUUAUCCCAACGCCCGUUGCUUUACUGGGAUGUUUCUGGCAUUUUGUCCUAUGCUGGGUAGUCUGCUGCUUUGA